AUGCAAAGACUCUUCCCCGUGCUCCUCCUGAUCUUGCUCCUCACUGUGAAUCCGUCGACCGCGACAGCGAGUGUGAUGCUGCCGGAGACGUGCUACAAAACAAAGUGUCUCGGCGUGCACACGUCCGCUUGUCAAGCCGGAUACCAUCGUUUCCAACUCGAAAAAUGCGCAGUCGACGAGGAGAUCGGCACGAGAUGGUUGUGUUGCAAACAAGAGUUCACCGACUUUUGGGACUCGUGCCAGGGACAUUUCUAA